CCCCUUGUGUGUGUGUGUAUGUCUCACCUGUAAAUAAAUAAAUAAAAAUCAUCCUUCCAAAAUCCCAAUCAACGUCCCUUUCAAUUCCUUCCCCCAUUUCCUUUUCCAAUUCAAUUCAAUUAUUCACUCCAAUUUCAAUUUCCGUUUUCAAAUUCAGGGUUUGUUACAAAAAGUAGUAAUAAAAAAAGUUAUGAGUUUUCAAGAUAUCGAAGCGGGUCGACCGCUGAAUUCAAGACGGGGUGGUGGAUAUGUAAAGAAAACACAAGACCCGACCCAAGCAAUCGCUUCUGGAAUAUUCCAGAUCAAUACUGCUGUUUCCACCUUUCAGAGGCUUGUUAAUUCCCUUGGUUCCCCUAAAGAUACCCCUGAGCUCCGUGAUAAAUUGCACAAGACGAGACUACAUAUUGGGCAAUUGGUGAAGGAUACAUCUGAAAAGCUUAAGCAGGCUAGUGAAACAGAUCAUCGUGCCGAAGUUAGUGCCAGCAAAAAGAUUACGGAUGCUAAACUUGCAAAAGAUUUUCAAGCAGUUUUGCAAGAAUUUCAGAAAGCACAACGGUUGUCAGUGGAAAGGGAGACAGCUUAUUCUCCUGCUAUUCCUCAAGCUAUUCAUUCCUCACGUAAUGAAGCCAGUGAAACGGAUGCUAGCUCGGGCAGAAGUCCAGAACAGCGUGCCCUUCUUGUCGAAUCUAGAAGACAGGAAGUGUUAUUGUUGGACAAUGAGAUUGCGUUUAAUGAGGCUAUCAUUGAGGAAAGAGAUCAAGGAAUACAAGAUAUACAAAACCAAAUUGGUGAGGUAAAUGAAAUAUUCAAGGAUCUUGCUGUUUUGGUGCAUGAGCAAGGAACCAUGAUCGAUGAUAUUGGGUCCAAUAUCGAGAAUUCCCAUGCUGCAACUGCACAGGCUAAAUCACAUCUUGUGAAAGCAUCAAAGACUCAGAGAUCAAACUCCUCCAUGACUUGCUUGCUCUUGGUGAUAUUAGGGAUUGUGCUUCUCAUUGUCAUCAUAAUACUGGUGGUCUGACCUCCAAUUUUCUGUUCAUCUGGCAAAUCAAAGCUUGUUUUAUUGGAUGGAAAUUCUGAAGUAUUGUCCGAGACCGUUUCAUCAUCCGUGUUUGUACAAUUCAAGUUCAUUGGUUCCUCUCAUGAUUUCUUUUUUCAUCGUGUGACUGCAUGCUUUGCAGGGGGGUUUCUCUUAAUGGAAUAUUUAUGUCUUCUUUUUCUUCCCAUUCAUUGUGUUGGUUUUUAGUGUGUUAUAGGGCUUUUGGCUCAUAGAUAAGUUCUCCAGCCUUUUUGGUAGUGUAUGUGACAGCUGAGAGAUGGAAUUGUUUACUGUGUUUUCUUGAAAAUAAAUUUUGUCAACGAGAUAAAAAGAUGUUUAUUUGCUUUGCUUGAAA